UGCUUAGAUAUUUGUUAGAGCCUAAAGCUGACAAAGAGGAGGUUGUUAUGAAGCUCAAGAAACUGGAGUCCAGUGUGAGCACUGGCCGUAAAUGGUCAUUUUAGGUGUCCUUAACAUACCGUACAGUCCUCCUUUCCUGAGCAAAGACUGAGCCUCAGAGGGCGGUCAGUUGUUAAAAAAAAACAGUGCUGCUGCUGGUGGGAAUGUGAAUUGGUACAGCCACUAUGGAGAACAGUAUGGAGGUUCCUUAAAAAACUACAAAUAGAAUUACCAUAUGACCCAGCAAUCCCACUACUGGGCAUAUACCCUGAGAAAACCAUAAUUCAAAAAGUCAUGUACCAAAAUGUUCAUUGCAGCUCUACUUACAAUAGCCCGGAGAUGGAAACAACCUAAGUGUCCAUCAUCGGAUGAAUGGAUAAAGAAGAUGUGGCACAUAUAUACAAUGGAAUAUUACUCAGCCAUAAAAAGAAACGAAAUUGAGCUAUUUGUAAUGAGGUGGAUAGACCUAGAGUCUGUCAUACAGAGUGAAGUAAGUCAGAAAGAGAAAGACAAAUACCGUAUGCUAACACAUAUAUAUGGAAUUUAAGAAAAAAAAAUGUCAUGAAGAACCUAAGGGUAAGACAGGAAUAAAGACACAGACCUACUAGAGAAUGGACUUGAGGAUAUGGGAAGGGGGAAGGGUAAGCUGGGACAAAGCGAGAGAGAGGCAUGGACAUAUAUACACUACCAGACGUAAGGUAGAUAGCUAGUGGGAAGCAGCCGCAUAGCACAGGGAGAUCAGCUCGGUGCUUUGUGACCGCCUGGAGGGGUGGGAUAAGGAGGGUGGGAGGGAGGGAGACGCAAGAGGGAAGAGAUAUGGGAACAUAUGUAUAUGUAUAACUGAUUCACUUUGUUGUAAAGCAGAAACUAACACACCAUUGUAAAGCAAGUAUACUCCAAUAAAGAUGUAAAAAAAAGAAAGUGCUGACCCCUCACCCUGAUGCAGGGAUUCUGCCUGUAAAAUCCUAUUACAUACUGAUUAAAUAACUGUUAACUCUUGUGGGUUCUUCUUGCAGGGUUCAGACUAGGCAAUGUGGUACAUGCUGUACAGAUGAUUCAGCAGAGCAGUCAUGCCACUGACCUAGUGCCCCGCAUCUGCCUAAUAUUAGCCAGCCUGAACCGUGUGAUUUAUUUCAUCUGUGACACCAUCCUUUUUGUGAGGAGUGUAGGGCUCGCCUCUGGCAUUAACAAAGAGAAAUGGCGAAUGUGGGCUGCACGCCAUUACUACUAUUCUCUUCUGCUGAGCCUGGUCAGGGAUCUGUAUGAAAUCUCCCUGCAGAUGGAACAGGUUGCACACGACAGAUCAAAGAAGGAGAAAUCACCAUCCCAGGAUCCUCUUGUGUAUAGCGUGGCUGAUGAGGAAACAGAAUGGCUCCAGUCCUUUCUUCUUCUCUUAUUCCAAUCUCUGAAGAAGCAUCCUCCCUUGCUCCUGGACACAGUGAAGAACUUCUGUGAUAUCCUGAACCCUUUGGACCAGCUGGGGAUCUAUAAGUCCAAUCCUGGCAUCAUAGGCCUUGGAGGUCUCGUGUCCUCUAUAGCAGGCAUCAUCACUGUGGCGUAUCCUCAGAUGAAACUGAAGACCCGCUGAGGUUGUUUCAGACUGAAGACUAGUACCUGCUUUGAAGACAACCUGUUAGUGAAAUGGACAUUUGCAUUAGAUACAGCCAUGUCACACUGUGCUUACAGACUUAGUCACAUGAGCACUGAGUGACCUGUGAUGUGAACAGAGGUGGGGCCAAGAAUGGUGGAGGGAAGAACAUGAAGGUUUAUGUGUUUUCUAGAGCGCUGGAGUGACUUCUGAAUUUCUGAGUAUUUUUCCUUCAUCUAAUGUUUAUCGAGCAUCUUUUAUGUGCAUGUUAGGAACUUAGUGGUUGCUGAAUGGAUAAAAAUUAAGAGAAAAAUUGAAAAGGAUCCAAACUAACAAGUGGACACUAAUAUAACUAACUUUUGGGCCAUGUGCCUCACUACUUUUGCCCAACUACAGUAGGUCUGAUACACACCCUCUCUCAGAUUUAGUGGAGGCCCCUUAUUCUCUGAUCAGUUAUCCCACUUCCUCCAUAGCUGCCAGUGCCAGGAUGGAGGAGAGCUGGGUUUAUAGCCUCUUAACUUGGCUUUUACAUCACUGCGCUCCUGUCUUUCCUCUGUCUAGUAGUAAAAUCAGAAGUGCAUCAGGCACCUUCAUGGUAUAAAUUGUGUCUUUAAGUAGCGCAGUAAGGAAACAAAAAAUCAGAAGCAGAUAGAAAGGACUUGAGGUAGAAAUAAUGUGGAAAGUUAGAGUUGGUGCCUGCAGGUUUCCCUGUGACAGAUGAGGAGACUUGAGGUUAAAACUGAGGACAUAACCUCAUUUCUCUGACUCCCAAUCCAGUGCUCUUUCCAUAUUUCACUGCCUUCCUGAUUGAGUGGAAGUGCAAGACUCUCCAGAAUCCUGUGCGAAAAGCCUUUUUUAGAACCUUUGUUGGUCAGUGGUUUAUAUUCUGUUCUACAAAAAUUAAAACUAUAUCUAGAAACACCAGCAGGAUGGUUUUAUUUAAAACCAUAUAACAUUUUGGGCACUUACGCGUUAAUUUUCAUCAAAAUUUGUGCAGUUAAGAAAUUUCACGAAUACGAUGAAAUUCUACUAUAUUCGACAAUAAAUCAGAGUUCGCAUUUGUAGGGUGGUUGGGGGAGGUGGAGAAGAGCAGUAAGGGGCAAGAGAAGAGGACAGUAGAACGAUGAGUUGAUGCCACUUGCUCGUGUUCCUACUUCUCAUCUUGGAUGUUGGGUUCUUAUUUGUGAUUACAGAUCCUCUUAAUUUGAGGCAAGUGAGGUAGAGAAAUAGGGUACCAUCAGGUAAGAGGUCAGUGUCAGUCCUGCCAGUAAAGCCAUCUGACAGGACUGGAUGGAAAGGAGAAAAGAAAUGUGCACUAAGUAAAUUUCCCAUAAAUGUGAUUGAGAUUCUUAAAAAGUAGACUCAGGUCCUUGGCUCUCUAUUUUUAAAGUGACCAAUCAAGAUAUGGGAUUUGAGAAAGAACAUUUCGGGAAUUUUAAGAGAAAAGCUGCUAGAUCAGGGCAAAUAAAAAAUUUAACUAUUUUUACUUUGUCCAGAUCUUCUACUGUAACAAAUUAUGUCUAAUAAACUUAUAGACAAAAUUUAUUCAUGUAUCUGUGAAUGUGUUCUGGGAAUGGAGAAGAGUUAAAAAUAAGGUGAUCCAAAGAUAAUCAGAGUCUACACAGUUGGUAGAGUGAGUUCUGGUAAAAUAAGCUCUUGGCUGGAAGAUCCAAGCUCAGGAAAAGGAUGAAGGAAGAUUUAAAUGUAGAACGUCCAGGUUGAAAGAGACCUCUAAGACAAUCUCAUCCAGACUGCUAGCCAGGAGAGGGUCCUCUAUAUCAUCCCUGUCAGUGGUGCUUUUGAUUCUGCCUGGAGAAGUUGGCCUUGAAUCUGUGAUGGCAUUUUACAGUGGUGUCCAUCUUGGUAGUUUUGUCCUCUGCAAGUUAGGGUGGGUGGUGGAGAGCUUGGGAAAUGCCACCUCUUCUAGAAUUUGUGAAAACCUUAAUGGUGCCCUGCUACCUCCGUCCCUGUGCAUCUUUGUCCUUUAUAACUAACCAUCCCCACCUCCAGGCCUCCACAUUCAUUCGUGAGGGAUUCUAAAAACCAAGGACAUUUCUCUAUUUUUCUUCCAGUUUUACUGAGAUACAAUUGACACAGUACUGUGUAAGUUCAAGUUGUACAGCAUAAUGAUUUGACUUAACAUACAUCAUGAAAUGAUUACCACAGUAAGUUUAGUGAACAUCGAUUAUCUCAUAUAGAUACAAAAUUAAAGAAAGAGAAAAAAAAUUUUUUUUCCUUGCGAUGAGAACGCUUAGGGUUUACUCUCUUAACAACUUUCAUAAAUAACAUAAAGCAGUGUUAAUUAUAUUUAUCAUGUUGUACAUUACAUCCCUAGUACUUAUUUGUCUUAUAACUGGAAGUUUGUACUUUUUGACUGCCUUCAUCUAAUUUUCCCUCUCCCCACCCCCUGCCUCAUAACCACAAAUUUGAUCUCUUUUUCUAUGAGUUUGUUUCUGAAGUAAAGGUGACCUACAGCACAAUGUUAGUUCCUGGUGCAUGACAUAGUAAUUCAAUAUUUCUGUACAUUUCAAAAUGAUCACCAUGAUAAAUCUAGGUACCAGCUGUCAACAAAGAUAUGUUUAUUAUAUUCCCCAUGCUGUACAUUUCAUACCUGUGACACAAUUAUUUUGUAACUGUAAGAAGUUUGUACCUCUUAAUCUCCCUCACCUAUUUCUCUCCUCCCUGCACAUCCCCACCCCAAAUGGUAGGUAUUCUUACUAAGUGUAUUUUUUGUUUUGUUUUUUUUAAAUUGAAGUAUAGCUGAUUUACAAUACUGUGUUAGUUUCAGGUGUACAGCAAAGUGAUUCAGUGAUAUAUAUGUAUUUUUUUAGAUCAUUUUCCAUUUUAGGUUAUUACAAACCUAAUAUUUUUGUGGUUAUUACAAAAGAUAUUGAAUAUAGUUCCCUGUGCUAUACAGUAAAUCUUUGUUUAUCUAUUUUAUGUAUAGUAAUUUGUAUCUGUUAAUCCCAUGCCCCUUCCCCUUUGGUAAUCAUAAGUUUGUUUUCUGUG